CCCAAUUUUACUAAUCGGAGAGCUUUGUUUCUUUCGUCUUCUCCGGCGAACAUUGCAUCCGCUGAAAACAAAAACAAAAAGGUUUCAACUUUGAUCGAAAAUGGAAGUCUUUGACAAUUGGGUUGCCGAGUUUGUCCUUCUUCGUCAACACAACCCUAGGGUUUUACCUACUAAACUGAUCUCAGCGCUGCAAUUGGGAGAUUCCUCCGACUGCUUAAACCUCAAGAUAUCUUCCGUUUUGCGAGAUAUCUCCAAUUCGUUGAUCCGGGGUGCGAUCGACGAAGGAACGCUUGAUCUUCUCGAGGUUCUUGAGAAGCUUCUGUUGCAGCAACACUCGUUACUUAUGGAGUCUCACAAGUCUGCUUAUUGCUGGACGGCUGCUGAGUGCACGCUUAGAUUCAUGUGGCCAUUGAUAGCUUCCGAUGGGUUUUUCACGGAGGCUCUUGAGAGGAUAUGGACGAAGAGGAUUGGGGUUUUGAAGGAGAGAGGAAGCGAUUUGGUGAGCGGCGAUUUGUUGAAGUGGGAGACUGAUUUGAAGAAUGCCCUUGAGGAUCCUGAGCUCUAUCAGCGGAUUCGUGAGACUAACAUCAGGUACACUGCUAUUACCUUUCUCACUCAGCUUCUCAAAGAGCAGUGGGCAUUACUUGGGAGUUCAUCUCUUGAAUCAGUGGUUCAAAGGAGGUUUCUUAAGCGCAAGGCUGAUAACGUAGAAAGAGGGGAUACAAAUGCUGCUGAUGAAAGCACGAGGCGUUUAGAGAGUGAUACUAUUGAUAACGCUAACGAGCCGCGUGGUGAAAGUGGGGACGGGAAUGGGAGCAAUAGAGAAAACGAUAAUGAUGUUGAAGGAGUGGGAUGUCUGGUAAAUGAAAAACAUGCUUCAGAGGAGGAGCAGACAGUGGGUGCACAAGAACAUGAACAUGAGCCAAGUCUUGAUAAGGGAGACGAAACGGCUGCUCGAGAGCUGAAGGAUUAUCUGUUAGAGAUUCAAGGACACAUCGACCCUUCCACUAGGCAAAGGGAAGAACCUAACAAUGCAAUUGAUCACUCGGUAAAUGUCACUCCUCCGCCUACUCGGCUGAAUAGGACUGGAACAAGUGGCCAAGACCAUAAUGAAGCACCGCAACAGGAUAAUGUAAAUGAGAAAGGUUCGGGUAGUCAGGGAACAUGGUCUGGCAGAGUUCGGCGUCGUCGACCAACCCCAGUACCUCUGAAUGUAUCUCCAUUAAAGAAGGGCGGAUUGGCGAAAUCCCAUGUCAGAAGGCCAAAGAAAUUCUGGACGCAUGAAGAAGUGGAAGCUCUGAGGGAAGGAGUAAAAGAGUAUGGAAGAUCAUGGAAAGAUAUAAAGAAUGGAAACCCUGCAGUAUUUGCGGAGAGGACAGAGGUGGAUUUGAAGGAUAAAUGGAGGAACUUAGUCGGUGGGUAGAGGUAAACAUCCUUUGUGAAUUUUAUGCUAUGGGUUUUAAAAUGCUGUAUAGUUAUUGCCUUUGUGACAUAUCAACUGUAAAGAACACGGUGGAGAAAGGGCCAUUUCACAUGUUGUAUGGUGAAUGGUAAUGAUGAAUGAGCAGAAUAUAAUGAUAUGCUCGUGGGAAAAAUUCUGGCUGCAACCUCUGUAGUCAGUGUCAAACUUAUACGGCUUUUCUUGUUUCGGAUAUAUUCCAUCCUUUAUCUUCAAUUUCCUACCAUUCUUCUCUCUCUCCUUUUCCACGUGUCAACUAACAUCUAAACCAGAACAAAACUGUAGUCAAAUAUGCAGAUCAUUACCAUUUAGAUUUAUGAGGUAGCCUAUAAACAUUUGGACCCUCCCUUAGAUAUUGCCUGUUAACAUUCAGAACCUCCUUAGAUACAAAUCUAAGUAAGAUGAUGAGAGCUCUCAUGAACAUAUCUAUUGAUUUAAUGCAUAUUUGUUGUGUGUGUUAUUAGUUUAUUACAGAACCCUGAACUCCUUGAGGGCUGAAGGAAGUCGCCGCGAACAAAAAAAA